AUGCUACUUGUUUUGGUAUUUUUGAAAUUUUCGAUGGGUCUCGAAGCGGCCGCAAUUACAACACAGAGGUGUCCUACGGUAGGGCCCUUUAACCCUCCCCCUUUAAAAAUUAUAAUAUAUCUUUAGAACUGGUAUCAUGACGAGCCUGGCCGAUCUUGCUACCAUCUAGCGCCUCAUCGUAUGCGGCUCGCGGAAGCGCAUACCUAUUGCGCAUCGCAAGCGGAAAACUCGCACGUUUUGCGGAUAGAAUGCGGAGGCGAAACGGAUUUCAUCUUCCACGAUGUUAUGAAGGGCGAGUCCGAUCAGAGGAUCUGGAUAGACGCGCGAGCCCGGUUCGAUAUUCUAGAUGGCUCUGCCGGUCUGUUCGGCCCAGGAUUUGUCUAUAGAUGGCCCAACGGGAAGAUCGUGAGGUACUCAAAUUGGGCCGAAGGCCACGGCAUGCAAAAGGUCAACAGAAAAUUGGAUAAAUGCGUGCAAGCCAAAGCCAACGGUCAGUGGGUCAACUCGAAUUGCACGUCGCUGGCAAAAGUGAUUUGCGAGAAAAAAUUGCAUCGGCCUUACUCCAAAUUCUGUCCAAAGCACUGGAUCUAUUUCUCAAGUACACAAAGUUGCUAUCGAACUAUAUCUAAAGCUAAUAUGACGGCGUUGGAAGCCGACUCGAAGUGCUAUGAUUACGGCGCCGAACAUCGGCAGGACGCGAUGCUUAGCAGUGUGAUGAGCGAGCAGGAAAAUGAGUUCAUUUUGGAGUUGGCGUUGAAAAAGAAUUCGCAUUUGGAUUUUAUUUUCUUGGGUGGAUUUGGGAAAUCUAACAAUGGUCAUAAAUGGCACUGGAUGGAUGGUGAGUUUUCUUAGGUUAUCCUAACUUUAGGGAGAUAGGCUAACUAAAAACGUUGACUGUGGAACCUAACUUCACAGCUGAAGGGCAUCCGUGAAAGACCUGUGACCGACCGACAAGAUUCAAAGGUGUUUUACGGGUCAUGAACAGGUGGUGCCACCGGGGAGACCCGGGGGAGACCCGGGGGAGAGCCGGGGGAGAGCCGGGGGAGACCCGGGGGAGAGCCGGGGUAGACCCGGGGGAGACCCGGGGGAGACCCGGGGGAGACCCGGGGGAGACCCGGGGGAGACCCGGGGGAGACCCGGGGGAGACCCGGGGGAGACCCGGGGAGACCCCCCGCCCCCUGUAACACGCAGGUCAAAAUCGACACGUCUCAGACCUGUCACAGGUGUUUUGCCCACGGGUGUUUCACAGGCCUGUCACAGGUCCGACCGGAUGCCCUUAAGCUGUGUUAAAUUCGCCAAAACUCUUAAGAGAUAGGCUAACUCGAGUUUUUUUCCAGGCUCCCCAUUCAAAUAUCUAAAUUGGGACCGUGGCUCGCCGUACGGCGCUCGAGCGUUCGCAGUUUUGGUCAUGAAUCGUCGCGGCAAAUGGCUCAAUCAUUACGCCGAUCGAAUUCUUUCGCAGUAUAACUCGGUAGCGGUUUGCAAAUUCAAGUCAUAA